UGUGGGAUUGAGCAUGCCUGGCUUCACGCGGCGCACAAUCACAACACCGUUCAGCCAUGGCAGCGCUAUCAUCACCGUUACGAGCCUGCCGAGGAAUACUCAAAGAAUUACGUGCCCUCCAAGGACCAAGUUACAAACAGUCACUGGCCUACAACUAUGUUAUGGACCAGUUUCGUAAGAAUAAGGUAACAGGAGAAAGGUACUGCCGUGCCCAGCAGGAGGCACACCAUGCCUCAGACACAUACCUGUGUUUGCUGGCAUCUACCAGGAACCACCUGGUCCUGCACAGUGUUUACCAUGUCAAGGGUGAGUGCAGCCAAGAACAAGCGGCUGGCCUAGUGGGGCUCAGGUUGCCCACUCAGCCAGGAGGUAAAGGCUGGGAGAAGUGAGGACAUGGGAGCGUGCAUCAUUGGAAGAAUAAUUUGACACUCUUCAGAAAUGACUGGUCUGUGGCUGAUUCAUCUGGGCUCAUACAAUUCACCUCAUGUAAAAUAAACUCUAAAGGGAAAAAUGUUUGACUGGAGUCUGGCAGACUGGAGAUUGUGCCAUCAUGGACUGCUUUGAAGGAACUCAACUUAUUCCUGUAGUGUUGUUCUACCAAUGUUCAAGGGGAGGAAAUAUGAUAAUCUGACCUGAGAGUAUUUGAAGUAACUGUGAAAAUAUAUGAUACGAAUAAAGAUCUGUUGUUUAGCUGUAAAUAUACUGUACCCUACAGCUUAUCCACACCUGCUUUUGUUUGUGUUUUGGCUAUUUUAAAUGUCAUCUGGCAAUGUUAAAAGGCAAAAUCAACCAUUCAAGUGGACUGUAAGUAAGUUUUCAUUUGGAUUCAUUUGUCCCAUUAAAAUAUUAGUCACUGUUA